UCUUGGUAUUUUGCAUUUGAAACCGGAUAUGUGUGGGUUUGUUUUGUUCUGUUUGAUAAACCAGACGCAGAUUUCCUCAGCAGAUCAUUUCUUCUUUGUCUCUCAUCUAAUACACAAUGGCUCGUUUUCAGACUACGUUAGUGCUCCUCUGCACCAUGGGUUUGUUCUCAGAGACUUUGUGCUAUCUCACAUUGGAGGCAGAAGUUGGAGGAAGUGUCACUAUUUGGUGCCAACAUGGGCAAACUCGUACAAAUUCCAUCUUCUGGUUCAAACACACCACUGAUUCAGUUCCACUUCUUGUAGGGUGUAAAAAGUUUAGAACAUCAGCUCCAUCCCAAAGCUGUUACUUCUUUAAUAACACUGAGCGCCUGGUGAUGUCUGUUCAGCCCAAAAACACGUCUCUCACCAUCACUGCACUGAACAUCUCUGAUACAGGACUGUAUUACUGCAGCUCCAUGGAAUCCAACAUACUGACUUUCAGAAACUCGACCUAUUUACACGUCAAAGGAGUAAAUAAAACUCAAGGUACUGGGAACAAUGCAGCAGGAUACAGCUGUUCCUCUGUGAUCUUCAUGCUGAACACGGUGUUUGGUUCAGUAGUUGUGAUUCUUCUCGGUGUCCUGAUCUUCAUCCUACUGAAGCACAGAAACACACAUGGAGGUGGUGAAGCAGAUUAUAAGGUUGGUGACUCUGAUAUGAUGCAUUACUCUGCACUGCAGUUCUCUAUGAAGAAAACAAUAAGAACUAAGAGGCACAAUGAAAAACAGAAACACAUGUUGUAUAUUAUUUAGUCGCACAGAAAACAGAUCAUCAGUUCUUUACUUAAUGAUACAGCAAGUGUUUCUGAUGCUCUGUAGUUCACGGAACUAUAUCAUUUGUAACAUCACAGUUUUAUAAUAUAAUAUAAUAGAAUAGAACAGGAUGCACAUGUACUUUUUUACUCUAAUCUUUGUCUCAAUUUGUAAUCCAGUGUAAUUUAUUACUCAAAUAUAAAGAGAUUUUUUGCUGUUUUUUAAGAAAAUAUCAUUAGUGGUGGCUUUGAGAA